UUCAUUCUUCAGUUGUUUUUUACUUUUUAGGAGCCACUUUAUUUUGAUCUUCGGCAUCCCAUGUUUUGCUCCUGUGACUUGUCAAACUCUUAAGCGAUUCUUAUCGUGACAGUUAGCACGAGUACGUACGUACAAAUACUUGGUAGACCUGAUUUGAAUUUGAUUACAAUGGCACCUGGAAUUCUUGCACCUGCAAGGAUCUUGUGUUGUGAACAUGGAUUAAAUGCUGUGCGAUCGUUUUCGGCGUCAGCGAUGCUCCAGCGGAACAGAGUAUUGUCAAAAGGAAAACCUAUGUACAUUCACAAAUGGCGCGAAGAUCGGGACAUUCCCCGAACAGGUACGGAGUAUGGUCCUCUGACUGAUCUACCCGAUUUUCGAUUCCUCGACGGCAGCCCUGCUCCAUUAUCUCGCGGUCAGCAUGCUCGCCUUUUAAAAUCGGAGGAAUAUGCACAGCGCAGCAUCUUUUUAACGAAAGAGAUCGACUCAGCCGUCGCAACGCAUGCCGAAAUGGAACAACAACGGCAAGCAGAGCGGGAUGCCAUUAUUCAGAAUAAACUUAGAGCCAAAAGCGAACAAGUACGCAACAUGUUUGCUCCUUUACGUAAAAAAAUUUUGAAGAACGAUCCACAAUAUUCCGCCGAAAGAUGACGGAUUUUUUGGUUUGAUUUACGGGAUCGUUACUUCGUUAACUUUUAGAGAAUCUUGUUUUUCAUGUUUGUGUUACAGGGGUGCUACUCCAAGUUCGGGCAGUUUGGUAAAAUAAAUUAUAAAGAAUUCCAGUUG